AAAUAAUGGAAAUUUGAAUUGGUUAACGACAUACCGUUUUAUCUACAAACGACAAGAAGUUAUGAAUCGACAUGUCGGAAGGUGUGUCGUUUAACUAUGUAUUCCAAAACCAAAAUCCCACGGUGACUGCGCGCGCAGGUUCAAGCUCUCUUCUGGUUCACCAAUGGCGAACCUUCCGAUUGUCCAAUUCGAAGAGAAGAUCAUAGAAACGGUGGAACAGAAUCCGGUGGUUGUAAUAAUAGGAGAGACCGGUUCAGGUAAAAGCACACAGCUCUCUCAGAUACUCCACAAACAUGGAUACAGUAAAUCUGGAGCUAUCGGCGUCACCCAACCUCGACGGGUUGCCGCAGUCUCAGUUUCCAGACGAGUUGCUCAGGAGCUUGGUGUUCGUCUAGGAGAGGAGGUCGGAUACGCUAUCAGAUUUGAAGAUCGAACCUGUGAUAGAACCUUCAUUAAAUACCUAACUGAUGGUGUUCUUCUUCGCGAAAGUUUGGCUAAUCCUGAGCUUAAUCAGUACUCAGUAAUAAUUCUUGAUGAAGCUCACGAGAGGAGUCUAAAUACUGACAUAUUGUUGGGAUUGAUGAAGCGUCUGAUUAAGAGGCGUACAUCAAAUUUAAAAGUUCUAAUAACUUCUGCAACUCUUGAUGGUGAAAAAGUAUCAAACUUUUUUUCAAAUUGCCCAGUACUGAAUGUUCCUGGAAAGCUAUACCCUGUUGAAAUAUUGUACAGCAAUGAGCGUCCUAAAAGCUAUCUUGAGUCAUGUUUGAAAACAGCGCUUGAUUUGCAUGUUCGGGAACCAGAAGGUGAUAUCUUAGUAUUUAUGACUGGGCAGGAUGAUAUAGACAAGCUGGUAUCAAAAUUAGAAGAUAAAAUAAGAAGCCUAGAGGAAGGAUCUUGUAUGGAUGUGAUAAUCCUUCCCCUUCAUGGUUCUUUGCCACCUGAAAUGCAGGUACGUGUAUUUAGUCCUCCACCUGCAAACUGUAGGCGAAUUAUUGUUUCCACAAAUAUUGCGGAGACUUCUUUGACUGUGGAUGGUGUUGUGUAUGUUAUUGACUCUGGUUAUGUGAAGCAACGGCAAUACAACUCAUCCACUGGCAUGUAUUCCCUUGAUGUUGUCCAAAUUAGCAAAGUACAAGCUAAUCAACGUGCAGGUCGAGCUGGAAGAACACGUCCUGGGAAGUGCUAUCGAUUGUAUCCUUCUGCUGUUUACAAUGAUGAAUUCUUGGAUGUAACAAUUCCUGAAAUACAGCGAUCUUCUCUUGCUGGAACUGUCCUUUAUUUGAAAUCAUUGGACCUUCGAGAUAUUGAUAUUUUGAAAUUUGAUUUUCUUGAUCCUCCUUCCUCCGAGUCUUUAGAAGAUGCUUUAAAGCAAUUAUAUCUCAUAGAUGCCAUUGAUGAAAAUGGGUUGAUCACGUCAAUUGGAAGAACAAUGGCAGAGCUUCCUCUAGAACCUUCACUUUCAAGAACUUUGAUUGAGGCAAACGAAUAUGGUUGCUUAUCCCAAGCAUUGACAGUUGCUUCUAUGUUAUCUGCAGAAACCAUGUUGCUUCCUGGUAGAAGCAAGAAUACUGAGAAGAAAAGGAAACAGGAGCAUUUGGAUCUUCCUGAUGGAUCUGGCUGGGGUGAUCACAUCCAGUUGCUGCAAAUCUAUGAGUGCUGGCAUCAAACUGACUACGAUAUUGAUUGGUUAAAGGAUCACGGCUUGCAGGUGAGAGGGAUGAAGUUCGUCAAGGAUGUAAGGAGGCAGUUGGGUCAGAUUAUGCAGAAAAUUGCGAAGGGUCCAUUAGAUGUACAGACAAGCCGAAGACGGAGAGAAAGUGAACAGGAUUAUUACUAUUUGCGAAAGGCGUUGUGUAUAGGUUACGCAAAUCAGCUUGCUGAGAGAAUGGUGUAUCAUAAUGGAUACAGAACAUUAGGUUUUAAACCUCAAGUAGUACAGGUGCAUCCUUCUUCGGUGUUGGAACCAGACGAUGAAGGUAAACUACCAGACUACAUUAUAUUUCACGAGCUCAUUGCAACCUCACGCCCAUAUUUGCGGACAGUAUGCUCAGUUGAUAUAAAAUGGGUGAUGCCUAUCAGAAACAAGUUCAGUAAUCUUAAUAUCAACAAAUUGAGUGGUGGAAGUGGCCAUAUUGACGAGGAUACAAAUGGGAAGCUCUCAGACUCGCCUAAAAAAGAGGUAGUCACCGGCACUGCUGAGGUCCAAGAUGAUCGUGAUAGUAUAAUACAGGCAGCUAGGGAACGAUUUCUGGCCCGUAAAGGAAAGAAAUGAACUCAUUGUUCAUUGAUCAAUCGGAUAACCUAGUGAUUUAUUUCAGGCUGAAUUAGACUACGUUUAGAGUCAAUAUAGAAAGGAAGAAAUAGAGCACUUAUUUUUUAUCAAUUGUGCUUGGUAUGAAAGGUAUGAAAGAAUGAUAGAAGAAUGUGAAUGUUUUAUUUGUUAUUUUACUAUUCCUUUUUCUAAGAUGAAACUAAUUUUCAUCAUCAUAUGAUGAGCCUCUCUUCUCAUCCA